UAAUGUUGCAGACAAAUUUUCGUGCAGUACUGGUUUAGUCAUUGUUUGUUUAUGUGUAUGUGGGAGGAAAAUAAUCAUGUGGUUUAGCCUUGAGUUUGAUAAGCUAAUAGGAGUAUUUAUCUUAUCUACUAAAUUGACUAUUUGAUCAUUAGUCUUACACAUGUACUUAGGAAAGAGUUCAGUUUGGUAGAGUAAAAGAUUCAAUCUGUGAACUAUGCUCUCUACAAUUUCAUCUUAUGCUGUGCUCGUAGCUGACAUAUUACUUCUUUUACUGAAAGUCUUAAUUGGAAUAGUGGAAGCCUUGUAUCAAGCUGUAGCCCCUGCACAAGAAAAAUCCGUCUCCAAUGAAACCGUCCUCAUAACCGGAACAGGACAUGGAAUAGGCAGAGAAUUAGCUUUACAGUUUGCUGCCCUAGGAGCCAAGAUAGUCUGUGUUGACAUUAAUGCAGAGGGCAAUGAACAGACAGUCAAAGAAUUGAAAGACCGAGGCUAUACAAGAGUCCAUCGCUAUGAGUGUGAUGUGUCCAGUAGGGAGAGUGUGUUGGAGCUGGCUGAGAAGGUGGGGCGAGAAGUGGGAGAUGUGACUGUACUUGUCAACAAUGCUGGUAUCAUGCCUUGUCAUCCAUUUACCUCCUCCAGCCAUGAAGAGAUCAUGCGAAUUUUCAACAUCAAUGUCUUUGCUCAUUUUUGGAUGCUCCAAAUGUUUCUACCAGGGAUGGUUCGUAAAAAUCAUGGACACAUAGUUGGUAUCUCUUCCAUGGCAGGCAUUUUAGGAUUGACCAAUCUAGUCCCCUACUGUGCUUCCAAAUAUGCAGUCAGAGGGUUGAUGGAGGCUUUAGCAGAAGAGUAUAGAGAAGAUCCUCGACAAUUGAACAUAAAGUUUACUUCUAUUUUCCCAUACAUUGUGAAUACUGGGCUGUGCAAAAAGCCUAAAAUCAGGUUUCCCAGUUUGUUGGGUAUAGUCUCGACCCAAGAAGCUGCUCGCCAAAUUAUCCAGGCAAUGCGGAGAGAUGUCACUGAAGUGUCUAUUCCUUCAGGACUCCUCACAGUCAAUUAUGUGUUGAGGUUAUUUCCAGUGAAAGUCACUCGUUUGGUGAAGGACUUUUUGGACAGUGGUUUGGAACCACAUGACUGAACCUUUCUUCUUGUGGCUACUGGUGCAGUCAAGUAGUGGAAUUUGCACAUUUAGUCUAAGGCUAACCGUGGCAUUUGUGUGCUGUCUUGAUGAUACAGUACAUCUCUUCAUGACUUCAAAACCUUGUCUUGUAAAUAGGUUAGGUUAAGUGCCUACCUUGCCUGCCAAUUGUUGUAAUCACUUGUACUACAUGACAUCACGUAAAUCAAUGCAUUUACAUGUGAAAUAGACUAAUCAGGGGAAAUAUUUUACUUUUGUUUACGAGUUCUCAACUCUUACAUAACCUGUAAGGUACUUGCCUGUAACUUAUUAGACAUAGUUAUUUCUCUAUUUAUCUUGUGAAGUUAGUAUUAGAUUACAGUUUGACUAGAUUAUUAGACUGUUUUUACAUUUGGCUUGAAUCGCCUUUUUCUUAAAUUUGUUCAACUAUUAGUUGUGUUUUUGUGAUAUUGUUAAGUAUAAGCAAUUUAAAUAUACACAUGUUUUCGUACAAAG